AAUCCUAUCUAAGUAACUAAAAUAACAGCGAUCUAGGGCGAUGAAGGCUGCUGCUCAUCCGUCCAUGACGCUGAUCGAGAAUGCGAGGUGCGCGAGGAGAGCGCCAGUAGCAAUGGCGAAGAUCGGCACGGCUGUGGAGAACCAGCAGCUCCGAUUGCGCACUUACAAGCUAUCCGAGCUGAGCGACAGCGAUAUGAAAGGCCUGGCAGCGCGUCCCAGGAUUGAUUUCUCCUCCAUUUUAAAAACAGUGGAACCAAUUGUCGAAGAUGUGAGGUUUUCUGGCGAUGAAGCGGUGAUCAAGUACACCAAGAAAUUCGAUGGAGUGGAGCUUGACAACAUUGUCGAAAGGGUGUCCGACCUUCCAGAUCCAAAGCUCGAUCCAGAUGUCCAAGCUGCAUUUGAUGUGGCCUUUGACAACAUCUACAAAUUCCAUCUUGCACAGCGAAAGACUCAACAGCUUGAAGUAGAAACCAUGCCCGGAGUUAAAUGCCGGCGAGUUGCGAGGAGUAUCGACGCCGUCGGGCUUUACGUCCCUGGUGGAACGGCUGUUCUUCCAUCAACAGCGCUCAUGCUAGCAGUGCCCGCAGGUAUUGCCGGAUGUGAGACGAUUGUUCUUGCGACUCCACCACGGUCGGACGGUUCAAUAUGUCCGGAAGUUUUAUAUUGUGCUAAGAAAGCUGGAGCUACUCACAUCCUAAAAGCUGGAGGAGCACAGGCUGUAGCUGCCAUGGCAUGGGGCACUAAUUCCUGUCCAAAAGUCGACAAGAUCCUAGGCCCUGGAAAUCAGUAUGUAACUGCUGCGAAGAUGUUGCUACAGAAUAGCGAGUCUAUGAUCUCCAUAGAUAUGCCUGCUGGGCCCUCGGAAGUCCUUGUCAUCGCGGAUAGAAACGCGAAUGCGAUCCAUGUAGCCGCGGAUCUCUUAUCCCAGGCGGAGCACGGCCCGGACAGCCAAGUGGUUCUCGUGGCUGUCGGCAGCGUCGACUUAGAGGCCAUCGAACAGCAAGUUUACAAGCAGUGCCAGGAGCUUCCCCGGGGAGAUAUCGCGUCGGUCGCGCUGGGUCACAGCUUCAUCGUCGUUGCUCCAGGCAUGGCAGAGGCUUGCAAGUUCUCCAAUGUCUACGCGCCGGAGCAUCUCAUUGUCAACGCCGAGGACGCUGAGGCUUGGCUGGAUCACAUAAAAAACGCAGGGUCUGUGUUCUUGGGAAGGUGGACGCCCGAGAGCGUUGGCGACUACGCGAGUGGAACAAACCACGUCCUCCCGACGUACGGCUACGCUAGGAUGUACGGCGGCGUGUCGCUGGACUCGUUCGUCAAGUACAUGACCGUGCAAUCGCUGAGCCGCGAAGGGCUUGGUUUGAUCGGCCCGUCCGUGGCGAUGAUGGCCGAGGUCGAAGGCCUGGACGCCCACAAGCGCGCUGUGACCCUGCGCUUGGCGUGAUCCAUUCAAACUAUACAUCGAUCGUCCAGUCCCUUGCAAACAA